AUGGCCUACAGCUGCGUGGGGAGGUGCGCGCCGUUAUUCUUCCUCGCCGUGGUCUUUGACGCAGGGGGUCUGGUGGUACUUCUGGUCGGGAUUUUCGGCAACCUGAACAUGGACGGACGGUUCUAUGGGGAUUUCCUCAUCUUCACGGGCUCGAUCAUUAUUUGCCUCAGUUUGGUGUGGUGGGUUCUGUGGUACACGGGGAACGUCCAGGUGGACGCAGAGGACAGGACGGGCUCUCUGGAUAUCGCCUUUACGCACUGGGCAAGGAAGCUGUCUGAGAGGCUCUCCAUAAGGGGCAUGAAGCACCUGGAAGCUGGAGAGGUGAAAAAGAAGAAGAUGAGCUUGGGGGACGGGAAGGAGAUGAACGGGACGGGGACGGAGACGGUGCGUGCUUUUGCGCCUUCUCGGGUCACUUGGGAAUCCGGCAGCAAUGGAGCAAUGUCGGGUCAUUACAACAGCGGGUUUGAUGGAGGGACUGAAGCAUACAAAAACGUGGAGUUGGGGGUGCUGAAGAGUUCAGACGUGGCUCUGCAGGCAGCGGGUGACAAAGCAGAGAGGCUCCUCUGA